AUGCUGUCCAUGGCGUGCAGCGGGAGCCUGCGGAGCGUGGCCAGCCGCUCCCACUCCGAGUGGGGCCUGCAGCAGUUGCCCCAGAGCGACAACAUCGAGCUGCAGAAAUUUAGGGAAAUCCGGGCGGCGGCCCAGACGCGGAUCAGGGAAGAGUUUCUCCGGAUGCACGGCCUGUCUCUGGACGAGUGCACGGCGCAGACGACGGGCAUGAAGUAUCGAAACCUCGGGAAGUCUGGACUGCGGGUUUCCUGCCUCGGCUUAGGAACAUGGGUGACUUUCGGAGGACAGAUAACAGACGAGGUGGCUGAGCAGCUGAUGACCCUCGCCUACGAGAACGGCAUCAACCUUUUCGACACGGCCGAAGUCUACGCCGCAGGGAAAGCUGAAGUCGUCCUAGGCAACAUUAUCAAAAAAAAAGGAUGGAGGCGGUCCAGUUUAGUGAUCACAACCAAAAUCUUUUGGGGAGGGAAAGCCGAGACAGAAAGAGGCCUCUCCAGAAAGCACAUUAUAGAAGGUUUAAAGGGCUCCCUAGAACGGCUGCAGCUGAACUACGUGGAUGUGGUGUUUGCCAAUCGGCCGGAUCCCAACACCCCGAUGGAAGGGAACCCCUUUAGUUCCAAGUCGCGAAUAUUCGUCAUCGAAGAGACCGUACGAGCCAUGACCCACGUCAUCAACCAAGGGAUGGCGAUGUACUGGGGGACGUCGCGGUGGAGUUCCAUGGAGAUUAUGGAAGCGUAUUCGGUAGCUCGGCAGUUCAACCUGAUCCCUCCGAUUUGUGAGCAAGCCGAAUAUCACAUGUUCCAGCGGGAGAAGGUUGAAGUUCAACUUCCGGAACUUUUCCACAAGAUCGGCGUGGGAGCCAUGACGUGGUCCCCGCUGGCGUGUGGCAUCGUUUCGGGGAAGUACGACGGUGGGAUCCCACCCUACUCACGAGCGUCGCUCAAAGGUUACCAGUGGCUGAAGGACAAGAUUUUAAGCGAGGAAGGCCGACGGCAGCAAGCAAAGCUGAAGGAGCUUCAAGCGAUCGCCGAGCGGCUGGGCUGCACCCUCCCGCAGCUCGCCAUUGCGUGGUGUUUACGCAACGAGAGCGUCAGUUCCGUCUUGCUAGGAGCAUCCAACGCGGAUCAGUUGAUGGAGAAUAUUGGAGCAAUACAGGUUCUUUCCAAACUCUCCUCUUCCAUUAUCCAUGAAAUCGAUAGCAUUUUGGGCAAUAAACCUUACAGCAAAAAGGACUACCGCUCUUAAUAACGGGGGGCAUCGGGGG